AUGUCGACAGCCAUCCUACAUCGAAUGCUCAUCAAAACCCAUCACAUGACAUCACGCAAAAAGAUAGGCGUCAUCACUCGCGCAGCGAAAACACAUGACUGUUCUGUUCUUCUCAAAGUUGGAGCUCCGCCUGGAAUCAUGUUGUGUGAAGGCGAAGAGAAUGGAGUUAAGGAGUGGGAAAAUGUUGUUAGAAAAUUAAGAUAUAAGGAUAUGCGUCUGGUUAAGAGAGAGAGUAUUGAAAAGAUGUCUCUUGGGCCACUGGGAGUUGAGACGGGUGAUGUGCAAGAGAUUGAAGAGAUCAAGGAUUUUGCAAAGUUGCUGGAAGGCGAUGAGGGGUUGUAUCAGUGGUGGAGGGUUGGAAUGGGGAACUCUCAAAACAGCCAUUCUCAGCCUGGUCAUGGCAGACGCCAGCACAGACGAGGCAUUGACGCCUAUCCACAAGCGUCACAAAUUCUCAAGCGGAGCAUUAAUCAGGGUUAG